CUAUUCUCUAUUAACUGGAGUGUACGGCUGUCCCUUCUCCCCAUCUCUGUGAACUCUGUGUGAUUAACUUCAUAGAGACGUGUUUUUGUUGUUCAGGUUACAGCGUUGUCACCAUACCCUAUACUAGUUCUGGUUAUUUCUUUGUCGAGUGACCUGUCCCUUAAACCAUAUGCAGUGGUGCCCCUGAAAGGCUUCGGGCAUAGUACAGCCUUGUGGAUAUCAUGGCGAACAAUAUAGAUUUCAACGCUCUAAAAGCGCGUACAAUGGGAUCGGGUAAUGACGAGGAAGCUGUAACAGUUGAUACACGGGGUCUGAUCUCGAAAGUGCUUGCGCGUUACUCAGGGAAGUGGUACGUGUUGCUUUUACUGUUUAGUAGGUGUAUAGGGUAGCUGUUAAUUUAUGAACAGGACAGUCUUGCGAGAGAUGAUCCAAAAUGCAGCUGAUGCCAAUGCGACAAAAGUGACUAUCAAGUUCGAGACCUUACCAUCUACAAUCGUUCCUUUACCUUCCCAUGCCGACAACACUACAUUAAUCAAGCAUACAAUCUCUCAUCAUACUCUAAGGCGCCUUUUGAUAUCAAACAACGGUUCGCCCUUCAGCGAAAAGGAUUGGGCAAGAUUAAAACGCAUCGCGGAUGGCAAUCCCGAUGAAACAAAAAUUGGAGCUUUCGGGGUCGGUUUUUACAGUGUUUUUGAUGAUUGUGAAGAGCCAUUUGUGUCUUCUGGCAAAGAUGCUAUGGCCUUUUAUUGGAAAGGGAAUGCUCUCUAUACUCGUCGAUUGCAACUAAACGACGCCCCAAAUCUUGAGACAACAUUUGUUCUAGAUUACCGCAAUGAUACAUCUCCAGUCCCGUCUUUAAUGGAGUUAUGUCAAUUCCUGUCUAGCAGCCUUACCUUCGUUAGCCUCGAGAACAUAGAGUUAUGGCUCGACGACUGGAACUUACUGCGACUGACGAAAAAAUCCGCCCCGAGUGUCGAUCUUGCCAUCCCCAGAGACAUCGAAACGAAGACACCUCAAGGCUUGAUGAAAAUACUCAAUGUGACCCGUGAGGUUGCUCAGGUUGACGCUACUUGGAUGCGAGUUGUUGAAUGGAACCCACACGCGAAUCUAUUUCGUGAGGGACUCAGAGACACAGCAGGCUCUCUACGCACCUUUUUCUCGAAACUCACUGGGCAGAGUAGGUCAGAAAAAUCAUUGGUAGAGAAAAGCAACAAUAUUAGCGAUUUGGAAGACAUAACUAGGUCCUUAACGGCGUCGGUUUUCCUGCAUAUCAACACUGCGAGCAUUCAGUGUUCUAUUAGUCAAUCCCUCAGCAGUGAACUUGAACGCGCCACGCGCAAGCCCCCGCCGAAGAAGUCUGUAAUAGCUGUAUUGACUCCUUCAUAUGACACUACCUUGGCGUCUGGGGCGUCUGGAAUGCAGUCAGAGAUUCUUUCAUCGGUUCUACCAUCUAAUGCCGGAAGGGUUUUCAUAGGCUUUCCCACUCAUCAAACAACGGGUCUCAACGCUCACAUAUCUGCGCCUUCCGUUAUUCCGACAGUGGAGCGGGAGAGCAUUGAUCUCAACACACGAUAUAUCAGCAAAUGGAACUUUGAAAUGUUAAGAACUGCGGGUAUCGUAUGUCGAGUGGCCUGGUCUGCAGAAAUGGCCUCUAUCAGGUCUAAGAUACAACCAACGAAAUCAUCAAAGGUUCGAAAGAAUGAUGUAGUUGACGUACUGCCGGAAGCCAUUCAUACAGCGAAUCAAUUCGUCUUCCGUGAAUCAACUCCCUCGUCGGUCCUUGGCCAGAUCAUUGAGGAUUCGUUCUGGACAUGUAAUAAGAAUGCUUCUAUCGAGGUUUUAUCAACAUGCGGAAUCAUCCAGAGUCAUCAGGCACGUAUUGCUCCAAAAGACCUCAGCUUUAUGGAUACUAUUCCGGUUCUGCCCGAUGAUUUUGUGUCAAAUGCGAAGGAUUUUGUUAACAAACUGACAAAUUUUGGGCUUGUCACUGAUAUCACAGUAUCCGACAUCAAGCGUGAAUUAGAAGGCAGUACGCUACAGUCAAGUCAGGUAGUUGAGUUUCUCUCUUGGUUAGGCCGAAGGUCUGCCUCAGGACAACUUGACUCUCUUUCUGUGCAGAGCCUUUUAAACGUUGCGGUGGCGAAUAGUGAAGAUUGCAACGGUACUAUAGCCAGAUUACUUCUCUUCGCGGACAUAAGCAACUAUGUCAAUCCUCAAAGGAUACCAGUUGAUAUGCCUUUUCCGUUAUCCGUGAUGCCUUUCAGAUUCACCAAGUCUCUAAACAAACAAGAACUUGAAUCGUUCGGCUGGACAGAACUGCAGAUAGUCCCCUGGAUUCACUGGCUUCUUAACAAUGCCGGGAAUCGGAAUGUUCUCCCAAUCGAGCAAGACAUUACACAGACUUCGUCUUUCUCUGCUCAGGUUUUGCCCGUACUUUCGAAGCAAUGGGACGUCCUAAGCCAGCCGUCGAAACAGAGCGUGAUCAAUCUGUUACAGGCACAUACGGUUAUCCCAACAAAGGUUGGCAUGAAACGGCCUGUAGAAACAUAUUUUUCCUCGGUCCGCCUGUUUGAUGACCUUCCUGUUAUUAGAGGUCUAAACAGCGUCAAGGAAAAGUUUUUGGCUGCUCUUGGCGUCCGUAAGACCGUUGAACUCGGAGUCAUAUUUGAGCGGCUAUUAAACAUAGCAGAAUCCUCAAAUGGGAGAAAUACUAGCCAGAGAAAGUGGAGUCAUGUCGAUUUGAUACGCUAUCUCGCCUCUGUUCGCGAAGACAUACCCGGUGGUGAUAUCAAGAGGCUGAAGGAGACCAGUAUAUGCACUUCAGAGGCGAACGAAACCUCUGAUGAUCCUGAAAUAGAACGCCGCAGGCUCUAUAAGAUAUAUGAGCUUUUUGAGCCGCAAGACUCUCUCAGGGCCCUUAAACUUCCUGUGAUUGAGUGGCCUGGCAAGUAUCAGUCUAGCAGCAACGAGGGUAAAUUUCUUUCCAUGCUAGGGUUGAGGAGUUUUCCAUCUCCUUUCGAACUGAUACAACUCAUGGCAAAUGCGGCGGCAGCAAAUGACUGGGCACUCCACAGCAAGGCUAUGUCUUACUAUGUUGCCGAAUAUCAUAACAACGGUUAUGCUGCAUUCAAUUGUGAUGAAGUUACUAUUCCUUUCCUUCCCACCGAAGGAUCUGAUGGUCUUAGUAUCCCAAGUCAGUGCUUCACUGACGGAGCUGCUACCUUAUUUGACUUUAAGAUCUUACGACAUGCUCUUCAUCCCCAUGCUUCUAAAUUAGGAGUCAAGCAGCAUCCAGCUCUCACGGAUUGCCUAAAUUGUCUGCUUCGGCAACCACCCUCUACUAAGCGGGAUGCACGGGUGGCUUUCAAAUAUUUGGCUGGGAGAGUAUCAGAGCUCAAACCCCGAGAUAUUGACCGAGUUAGCAGUGCACAAAUAGUGCCCGUCUCCGUGAAUGAUACGCCCGACCAAGGAUCAAAAACACGCUAUGUGGCACCAAAGCUGUGCUAUCUCGGCGAGGGUGAAGAUUACAGAGAUAUCUUUGACUUUGUUGACUUUGGACAAGAGGCGAACUUCUUCCUCAUGGCUGUCGGUUCUAAGCGAGAGCCGACCAAAAUAGAACUUGCGUACAUGUUAGUGAGAGAGCCGGCUAGGAUAUCCUCCACGUUUCAAAGCGCGGACAAGUAUCUCAAGAUACUGAGGACGCUCGCUGAGAAUAUCAAUGUGCUCAAGAAGGACCGGGAACUCAUUAGUGAAAUGAAACGGUCUGCAUUUCUUCUAGCGAGUAGAGACAUUUCAUCAUUAGCCCAAGGAAAAUCUGGAAAAGACAGCCUUGAUUCUGACGAGGAAGAUGACGAACAGAGCAUCAAAGAGUGGACUUUAAGUGCAGCAAGGGGCACGGUGGUCGUCGAUGAUUUUCAGAGUUUCAACCUUUUCAAGGAGCAUAUUCUAGCUGCACCUCAGGAAGAAACACUAGAGAAUUUUUAUCUUGUUCUAGGGGCUCUGCCGUUGAGUACUCUUGUCGAAGAGCGCGCUCAUUGGGGGACGGUAGCCUCGGAUCAGCGACCAGCAGCGAAAUUGCAGAAAUUAAUCCAUGAACGCUCAAGACUCUUUCUUCAUGAUCAGCUCGCCGAAACCAUCAGGCAUGAUGUCAGGUGGCUAGAGAAAAAUCUCCGCGUCCAAGUGGUCCAUUCUAUACAUCUCACCCGCUCCCUUAAAGGCCGUAGUGUUUCGCAUACUCAGAAGCGAAGUGCCAUCAUCACCCGCCAGCCGACGUCUUGGGUCUUGUGGACUUCCCCAGGAAAUUAUGAUCUCUAUGAGAUAAGUCAAGCUUUGGUGCAUCUAAUCCUUGUCCGUCCGAAGCUUCAUUCGACUCUCACGCUAGAGAUGCUUUUGAAGACUGACCUGUUGGAGCUUAAGGCGCGCGGCUACAACGUCGAGCGCAUUCUAAAGCAGAAGGCUCAGGAGGCAAGGAUAGCAGAGGAUAGACGUCAGAAACAGUUGGAGGAGGAGCGACAACAGCUCCAAGAGAGGGAAGCAGCAUGGGCGCAGGAACGGGCUCAAAUCCAGGUGCAGACACAAGCACAACAAGCAGACGGGGGAGGGAAGCCUCCAAUGCCUGGGGAUUUUCCAGGCUCACCAUCACCCUCCAGCAAAGAUAUUGCUCCCGGUUCGCAAGGGGAACCGCUAGAACAGAGCCAGUACCGACGCCCACGGGGGCUAUUUGCCAACUUAACCAAACACUUUGGGCUGGAUAAUAGCCGAUCAACAUGGAACCCCCUUGGUGGAGAUUCAUCUCAACCGUCCGCGGAGUCUUCAAACAAUACCACUCCUCCUCCUCCUCCUCCUCCCCCAUAUUCAGCAGAAGAUCCACAGAAGUCCGGCUCAGAACAGCCUGUGAAUGUCAGUCCACCACAUAGAUUUGAAUCAGAGCUACUUUCUGCUAUCCAAGCCUGUAGGCCUCAUGGGUCAUCAGACGUAUAUAGCCGGCCAGAAACAAACCAAGUCACUGAAUCGAAAUCCUAUUGUGACGAGAGGCCUAGCCACGAUCUGGAAUUUGUGGCAACUCUUCCUUGCGGUAUUCAUGUACUCUUCGUAAAGACGCUUUCAGAUCGGACCACCUUCCUGGCCAAGAACAGCGCCGGAAUUAACUUCUUUGCUUCGAUGCUGAUUGAAUGCGCCAGUGUCUUCUCCCUUCGUGCAGAUACUCUUAGUGUCUUCUAUGACCCAGGUGGGAAGACUAUAGCCUUCAACCGGGCUGGCAGCAUCUUUUGUAAUUACUUCUACUUCCAGCAAUUACAUGAGAAGGAGCUACUCCAAAGCCCGGCUGCCGACAGCACUGAAGCACUUGUAUAUUGGUGGGUGAUACUGUGUCAUGAGCUGGCACAUAAUCUGGUGGGAGAUCAUAGCUCGGCUCAUAGCUACUACAGUGAAGGCUUUGUGGCCCAGUACUUCCCCAGAGUUGUGGCCAAGCUUGCCACGGCCAAUAAGCAAGCCCCGACACCGAAUUCGUAGCUUGUACUGCUGGUAUAAGCAACCGGCUGGAAUGAUUGACGGCUUACGAUCAUACAUAUAUGUUUAGACACUGUUUGGUCUACGGCAGCAUGUUUUGGCUUUGGUUCUUGCGACUAGGCUUGCUAGACAAACUCCAGCAUCUGUCAAAAGUGUAUAUAGGUGAACAGCUUGAGCAACAGCGAUAUAAUAAAUUUCAUGGGAAAUCCUUUCUGAACUCUGCCAUUUUUUUUGACGCAAAUGUAUAGAUAGAAGAGGCUGGUUCUUUUGAUUAUUGGGAGGCCAAUAAUUACGGCUUGCCAGAGCAGGAGGAGUAGGAGAAAAGAGGAGGACCUUCGACUCAAUAAAUUAAGUUACUUAAAUUUAGGGUUUCCGGUGAUUGCCGCUCCG